UAACCAAAAAGAAAAAAUACCAUAAUUCUCAACACAUCUCUCUCAAACAACCGAGAAAAUAGAAAAGUUUAAGAGCCAAAAGUUUGGGGGUUUUUCUUUUUCUCUUUUAUUCUUCAAACAUCUUAACAAAAAAAAAAAAAAAAAAAAAAAAACCCUAAUUUUUGUUGAUCAUAUUGUUUGAUUUUCAAUGUCAAAUGAUGAAGGGAAAAAUGUGUACCAGCAGUAUGAUCCAUUUCAAUACAACCAAUUGGAUAUGAACCGUUCAAUCUUCCAUCAACAAGCUGCAGCGGCGUUGGAUCCUGGCUUGAUGAGCUUCACUAAUUUCUUCGAUACCAGCUCUUUGGAAUAUAAUAGCCUGUCGAAGGCGUUCGAUGUGUCGUGCUGUUCAUCUCAAGUCAUUUCUGCAGUGGACGACGUGUCGAAAAAGAAGGCUUCAACGACAACCCCAAAUUCUUCAGUGUCAUCUUCGUCUAAUGAAGCUGCAGUUGAAGAAGAUUCAGUGAAGAGCAACAAAUUAGAAGACAUAAAAGGGCGGUGCGAGAAUAAAGAUGAAGAAAAGUCUAAGAAACAGAACAGCAAUUUAUCAAAAAAGAAAGAGAAACGGCCGAGGGAGCCCCGUUUUGCUUUCUUGACUAAGAGUGAGAUUGAUCAUCUUGAAGAUGGAUAUAGAUGGAGAAAAUAUGGUCAGAAAGCAGUUAAAAAUAGUCCUUACCCCAGAAGCUACUAUAGAUGCACCAGCCAAAAAUGUGUAGUAAAAAAACGAGUUGAAAGAUCAUAUCAAGAUCCAUCUGUGGUGAUUACUACAUAUGAAGGCCAACACAACCACCAUUGCCCAGCUACACUCCGAGGCCAUUCUGCAGGGAUCAUGUCGUCUCCAUUCUACGCAUCAGCAUCAGCAUCAGUAACAGCAGCCUCAUCGGGGCCUACGCUUCCCCAAGAACUCUUCUCGCAUUUGUUACCAACGAAUAACUGCCAAACCGACCCAGCUGCCUCGAUGAUGUACCAAAAUUUAAGCCUUCAACAACACCUUCAAUUGCCUGAUCAUUAUGGUUUGUUGCAAGAUUUAUUCACUCAAAAAUAGGAGAUCUUUAUACAAGUCCUACUUUGUAUGAGAAUUUUAUAUUGUGUAUAAAUUUUCCGUUUUCUUCCAGCUUUCCUGCCUCUUGUAUUAGGAUAAACCCUUGGAGAGUUGAGAUUUUCUUAGAGUCUAUAUAUUUUAAUAUAUAUUGUUAUGUAUCUAACAUAUAAUGGAGGGGUCAGAACCUGUGUACUAAGUUUACUAUAUGCCAUAUUUUUGCAUUGAUUUGAUGCAUUUAAAUAUACUUGUGUAAAAGACCCUUUUUCUCUCCAA